ACUACAAGAAAUAUGUCUGGAUUCGACGAUAAUCCUUUUGGCGAACCAAAUCUGGAUAACCCAUUUGCGGAUCCAGCCAUACAACAGGCGACCCGCACAACAACCAAUGUUCAGAGUUCAUUAGAAGACUACAAUCCCUUUGAGCAGGAACAAUCAAAGCCACAGCUACAAAUUAACUCUACCAUUAAUUCAAAUGCUGCCGUGGUACAACCUCUAUCACAGAACAUACCACCUGCUCAACAACGCGCCCCCGCAGCCACACCUAGCACCAGUAUUCAAAUAACCACAGAGGAAUUACAAGUAAGUAAUAUGAUCCGAAAUAUAAGAAUCCAUAUUGUAUGUAUUGCACUUUAUUUCUUAUCUAUUACAAAUAACAAAGUGGAUUUCAAGCGACGAACAAACUAG